AUGGCAGGGAAGGAAAAGUCCCCAACUACCAUUUGCACCGCUCUGUUGGGCGACUUCAUCCAACCCAAUAUCGCUGAUUUGCGCUUACCUCACUCGAUGAUAUUCACUCACUUACUACUUCGCUCCCAUUAUGGCAUGUCAUGGCACCUGUUAGCGCGGGGGCUGGCCUUCAAUCCAUUUUCGACACCAUUUUCUGAGCAGACACCAGGCUCGUCGAUGGUGGCACAUGACGUCGAAGAGAGUUCUCCACUGUUCCAAUGCUAUAAUAAUGCCGUUUUCCCUUACGAGGUACUACAUGAGAGGAAGAUGGGUUUGACUCUGAUCUCUUCUCCAAUCUUGAAGAUCUUAAAGUCUUUACAAGAUAGCCACGAGGUUACGCUGAGUCCCCCGCUCAAAUGCCGAACUAUUUCCUGGAAAACAGGGGCUUCAACCACGUGGCUCGGCACAAGCAUUUACACACGCCAUAAGUCCGAGGAAGUAAGGCUGCUCAGACGCCUUUCCUUCCAGGGGUUCUCAGCCUCGGUCUGUUUCACUGACGCCGGCAAGAUCUUCGAGAUAAAGCUCUAG